UACACGUGUGCUCCAGUGCAAGGAAUAUAGUUCUGCAUGAGACGAGGCACACUCUGAGAGGGAGUGCACAGUGGACGGACGUGUACGCCAGGUCGAUUAACGCCACUACCACCGCCUGCAGUGUAUCAGAUAUUCCCAAAUUACGUGAUUAAUUAGCAAACAAGCCCUCAGAUCAGCCGAAUUCAACGAUCUAGCACCGUAAGGCUGUAACCCUCCGCUUGCAUGGCGGUCGGAAAUAGAGGUGUGAGCUAGUCGGCGCGGGACAGGUGCCUGUGCUGAGUGUGUGGAAGGAACGAGCGACUCCAUCGCUACUCCUCACAGGUCAUUUCAUCGCUAUUAUACUGCCGUGGAAGGUUUCUAUCUGUUUUAAAAAAUUAAUGAAGUUCUUAUCAGGACAAGCAGCAGUUUGAGACUGCGCACAAGUGGCUUCCGAUGCUCCAAGUGGCAGGAGGCAAGGAGAGUGUACAGGCCAGUACAUGGUAGAUCCGAGGUGACUCGCCCGCUGCCUGCUUGCCAGCCAGCCUGCCAACCGAUACUUAUGACUGGAAAACUUCGCUGACAACUUGGAAUCUUUGUACCUGGGAUACAUGAGCUAAAAGCAGUGGUGUGAGCAGCCUAGAAAGACAAGACGCCAACAGGGUGAGAGUUGGAGAGUCCGGCUGAUGGCAUGUUGUCGUCAGCACCAGGGACAUGACGGUUGUCUCAAACAGGAGCUACACUGCGACCACGUGCUACUCAGUCAAGGUAUAUGCGAAAACGUGUUUUGGUGGACAUGUUGCUGCUAUUGCUGUUGCCCAUGCUCGCCGGACCCAGCGUUGUUCAAGCCCAGAUUGACAUCCACCCAUCAGAUGAGGAUAGACUCAUCAAGAUCCUUCUGUCUCGAUAUAAGCGCCGAGGAAAAUACGGGCGACCGGUGAAACACUUCAAUGACACCGUCAAAAUUUCCUUCAACAUCCAACUUAUACAAAUUAUGGACCUUGAUGAGAGAAAUCAAGUGCUUACGCUCAACGUCUGGGAUAGAUACAAUUGGUAUGACGAGUAUUUGAAAUGGAUUCCUUCGGAAUGGGGAGGCGUGAACAAAGUGAGGAUACCGCCCAGUAAAAUUUGGACCCCCGACAUUCGACUGUAUAACUAUGCUGACGAGAGGCUGGAGGAACACAGGGACGCCUUGUGCCAAAUAGAAAGUACCGGCCUCAUUAUAUGGUUGCCUCAAGCAGUGUAUAAAAGCUCGUGUGAAAUUGAUGUAUCAGCAUUUCCGUUUGAUAUACAGAAUUGCCAUUUAAAGUUUGGUUCGUGGACGUAUGAUCAAUCUAAAGUGGAUCUAGAACUUGUGGGUAACACGGAGGAGAUAGACCUGAGCGAAUAUGUGGUGUCUAAUGCGUGGAACAUACUGUCAGCUCCGGCCAAGAGGAACGAGGUGUCCUACUCGUGUUGUCCAGAGCAAUACGUCGACCUGACCUUCCGACUCAUCUUCCAGCGUCGCUCUGUACUGUACAACUAUAUUCUCAUUCUACCAUGUAUCCUGCUCACCUCGCUCACACUCGUGCUCUUCUGGAUCCCACCCGAAUCUCCAGCCAAGCUAAUGUUGGGAAUCAAUAUCUUUGUGGCAUUUUUCCUGCUGCUCCUUCUGAUGGAAUCCAGCUUGCCCCCUGCCGCCGCCUCCGUGCCCCUCCUAGGUACUUACUACUGUCUAAACAUGAUCCUCAUCACUCUAUCAUCGUUCCUUAACGCCUUCGUGGUCAACAUGGCGUUCUACGGUCCUCGCAGGCAGGUGCCUGACAUUCUUAGAACGGUUAUCUUUAGUUUCUUCGGGAGAAUUCUAUGCAUGGACAAUUUAGUGCAGCCGUAUUUGGACGCGGCCAAAGCCCGGCGCUUCCAGUCGGCGGACACUCAUCCGUUUGUGGGUGUGAACGGUGACAGCACAAACUGGGGCUCGAAGGAGCCUAGCGUCCCUACUGACUUACUCUUACAUUCACGACAGUGCUCGAAUGACGACGAGUCAGUGCAACAACUGUCCCUAAUAGACUAUCACCUGUCUGAAGUGAUGGAGUUCCUGCGCAGCUACCGGGAUCGGCUCGCUGACAAAGACCGCAAGGACAAAAUAGGCAAGGAAUGGAAGGCAGUGGGGCUGGUCUUCGACAGAAUAUUUUUCAUAAUCUACUUAACUACAAUAGUUGUAUCCAUGUGCGUCCUUCUCCCCAUCAUCACGCUCAGCCAUGUCAACAGGGUGGACAAAUAAUACCCACUGACACACCAAAGUCUAACUCUCACAACCUGAAACUCACACAAACGCCGUCACACUGUCACACAAGCACGGACACACAUUCAAUCGAAAACACACACACCUGAAAAAGAUACACAUGCAUGCACGCACGCACGAGCGCACAUACACAAAAAAAACAAAAAAAACAAUCUCAUGAUGACGCUUCAUUGGGUUGCUAUUCACACUGAAGCCUUUAUUUGGUAACAAAAGAUUGUGAUUGUCACAUGGAUUACUUCCAAUAGUUCGAAGGUUUAAGAUUUACAUAAACAUAUAGUGUGCCCGAUGAAAUAGCAACACGGAUACAACGUUUUGUGUUUCGAUGGAGCAGUACAAUACGUGUAUUGAACCAGAAAGACGGCAAGGUUAUUGCCGGAAAGAAACUCGUUAUUCGCUGAGAGACUUGUCCCCAAAAUACAGUCACGUUGAUUCUAUACAAUUUUUAAAUGUUUGAAGGAACAGCGGUGUGCUGAAGAUACUCGCUGUCGGACAGCGCGUGUUGUUUGCGCAUCAUAUAUGAUCACAGCCCAUCGUCAUCAGCAUCCUCAUCAUAACCAUCUACGCUGUCAGGUCUGCAUGAACGUCAUCGACCGCCUCACUGCUGAGUAACGUUUCUGAUCUAGAGCUGCACAUUGCAACAUCACGUGAACUUUGACCUGUUCCACGUUGUUUACUGUUGAAAUUGUGUUGUGAGUACUCGCCCGUUUGUCUUGCUGUACCUAGACGUCUAGUGGUUGCGCUAGACUAGCGCUGUAUGGGGAAUAGGAAGGAGACCUGAAUUUACCGUUCAUCCCACAGGUAUGCAUGACUAUCAUGGCUGUCAUGUCAGCGACUGUUAUCAUGGUGACGAAACAUUUAAAUCACUACCCGUUCCUUAGGACUAGUAAAACUCAUUUUAAAUGAGAAUUAUUUAACUAUACAAACUGAUAAUGUAUGCCUCAGAUAAUCUACCCUUCUCAAUGCACAUCGAAUGAUUACUGUUUAUCUUUCAAUCAGUGUCCCUUGACCAGUGUCCCUUGUAUAGCAAUGUCCAAGAUUGUGGGCAGUCAUUCCGCCGUCUCUUAUCACUAGACGUGCGCUCUGCGCAGUAGGCCAGUUCGUAGCUGUAGAUACAUGUACUCGCUGAUGUAUCUGUUUGAUGUAGGGAUAAGAUUUACUGUAGAAAUACAGUAUUCAAUUUAUUUUUGUACUUCGCUGCUGGCACACUCACAAGCUGUUUUGCUAUAGAGAAUGUCUGGCCAACGUUAGCUGUGAUACCUUUAGGGAAACAUGGAACUAUCACAUAUUGACUUUAAACAUAACACUGACUGAUUGCUCCCUGUCUCUCCCAAACAGAGACGUGGCACAUUGACUAUCGCUAUUACAUGUUCUUUAACUUCAUUGUUCUUGUUCAAAAGUAUAUGUAAAAUAUAUGUUUUGACGGAUUAGAUAGCUUCCGCUGCAAAAUGUUCAGAAAUACACAUCCAACUAAUCCGAAUAAGGUGUAAGGGAAGUAGUGCGUCAACUGUGCCCAUUCUCUCUACCCCCCCCCCCCCCCCGUCGGUUAUGCAGUGCUACCCAUUGUAACAGUUGUAUCUUCUUGCGUUGACGUGCAAUCAAGCCACCAUCACGUCUUAACAUAAUGGACAGUAUUCAGAACACUGUGGGCUUGGCUUGUCCGUCUACUGGGUAGUACGCUGUCUAGGCGAGACUUGCGCCAUGUCCUACUGGGUUGGACCGCUGUCUAAGCGUGACAUGCUCCAUGUCCUACUGAGUUGGACCACUGUCUAGGCGUGACUUGCUCCAUGCCCUAUUGGGUUGGACCGCUGUCUAGGCGUGACUUGCUCUAUAUCCUACUGUUUGGACCGCUGUCUAGGCGUGACUUGCUCCAUGUCCUACUGGGUUGGCCCGCUGUCUAGGCGUGACUUGCUCCAGGUCCUACUGGGUUGGACCGCUGUCUAGGCGUGACUUGCUCCAUGUCCUACUGGGUUGGCCCGCUGUCUAGGCGUGACUUGCUCCAUGUCCUACUGGGUUGGCCCGCUGUCUAGGCGUGACUUGCUCCAGGUCCUACUGGGUUGGCCCGCUGUCUAGGCGUGACUUGCUCCAUGUCCUACUGGGUUGGCCCGCUGUCUAGGCGUGACUUGCUCCAUGUCCUACUGGGUUGGCCCGCUGUCUAGGCGUGACUUGCUCCAUGUCCUACUGGGUUGGCCCGCUGUCUAGGCGUGACUUGCUCCAUGUCCUACUGGGUUGGCCCGCUGUCUAGGCGUGACUUGCUCCAUGCCCUACUGGGUUGGACAGCUGUCUAGGCGUGACUUGUUCCAUCUCCGUCUACUGGUCAGUAUCGCUGUCUAGGCAUGACUUGCUCCGUAUCCUACUGGUGAGUACCGCUGUCUGGGCGUGACUUGCUACACAUCCAUCUACUGGGUAGUACUGCUGCUAUAUCCUGAUCUGCUUUAUAUAAUCUACUCACGACGUCAGUUGAUGCCAGUUAAUCUGUUCACUACAAUGGUUGACAUGUACGUAGGAUGUGCUCCAGCUUUAUACAGAGUGUGGAAAAUGUACAGUUCCGUAUUCCAUAGCAAUAUAUAUGUCAGCUGAAGUGGUCCCACUGUUGCGGCUUGAGUAGCUUCACUAUAGACUAACUGUUGUCCUUUCAUACUAUUAUAUCUAGCUGCCAAUCACUAUGACCUAAGGAACAGCCAAACGUAGACAAUACUAGCUUACACACUUCCCAAACGAUAACAAAACACUUUGUUCAGAUACAGCUAAAGAUACGAGGUGGAUGGAGUUAAGGUGGGAGAUUCACGCAUCCCUCAUCCAAGGGCAAGUGAUGCGUGCUUCCACUUCACGUCAAGCCUGACGCAUACCUGGUUGUCGGUAGAGUGUGUGGGGUUGGUGGGGUGGGUGGGAAAAAAUGGUUAAUGAUGAUUAAUGAUGGAUAAUGAUGGGUACUGAUGGGACUUGGAAGGGGAUGUUUGACCUCAACGAUAUCUAUCCUAUGUUAACAGUUGUAUUAGUUAUAGUAUUUCGACGCUGUAUUGGUGCGUCAGAGACCACUAACUCGCAGCGCGUCCCUGCAAAGACUACGUGACAUGUUCCUGUAAAUCAAACAGAACACUGCACUGGCCGCGGACGCCAUCAAUGUGGCCACUGUAACACACAGGGAGGUCACGGACAUACAUCGGGUUAAACAUAAGAUAUCACUGUGAAUGCAUCACAAUGUUUUGUAUAUAAAUGCUCGUUUUAUACAUCUG